AUGGGAUCGACGCGUCCUGCGCUCGGCGCGCACAAUUACUCCCCGGCAUUGGCUUUAUCUGCCCAAGCCUCCAUCAAGUCACAGCCCCAUCUUCACCCCUCACCGCUACCACUCCAGCCCAUUACUGAGAACCCAUUGCUUCCACUCGCCGGCACGCACAGGCCAUCACCAACCAAAGGACGGCUUACCCAGGGCUCACAUCCCGGGAGAAAACUCGGUUUUGUCCCUAUCACCGCUCCGAACCCUCCCAUGUUUACCACCGACUCCCCUACCAAGAAGCCGCCCUUUCCUAUCUACACCCAGUCCUCCAUGCCACCACAGUCCGCUCUCUUCACCACCUUUUCCAGCGUCAACCCCGAUUCCUCCAAGGAGAACCACCACGCCGAGGACCCGUCUAAUGGCAGCUUUGCCGACUUCCCUGAACCCUCCUAUGAAUCCAAGGUCCCCAUGAAGCGCACACUCAUGGAAGCUGCUCCCCUCAAGGAGCGCCCUGUCAAGAAGCAAAAGUGCGAAGACGCGCCGGUCCACCAACUACCCGAGCCACACCAGAUGCCGACGAUCGAGGAUGACGGCACCAAGCCGCCAUACAGCUACGCGACUCUGAUCGGCAUGUCCAUCUUGCGCGCGCCCAACCGACGAUUGACCCUGGCUCAGAUCUACAAGUGGAUUUCCGACACCUUCUCCUACUACAAGAACAGCGAUGCGGGCUGGCAGAACAGCAUUCGACACAACCUCAGUCUCAACAAAGCCUUCAUCAAGCAAGAGCGGCCCAAGGAUGAUCCUGGCAAGGGUAACUACUGGGCCAUUGAGCCUGGUAUGGAGGCGCAAUUCCUCAAGGACAAGCAAGUGCGACGCGCCACCAUGUCCAGUCUUCCUCUCCCCGCCGUUCCUCAAAGAGAAAUUGUUCCUCAACCGCAAAGUGCGACCACCACGACGUGGAUGGUGCCACCUCCGCCUGCGCGACAGCCUCCCCCACCCAAGGUCUCGGCUCGAAAUGAGGAUUUGUCCUCCGACGCGACUCUGCCGGCAUCUGAUCCGGCAUUGCAAGAGGAUACGGGAGAUGAAGCUCCUCACCCUCCAGUGAAGCGCGCCGCGCCUGUUCGGUCUUCGCCGCUGCAGGCCAUUCGAUCCUCCCCACCUAUUGCUCCUCCUCGGUUCUCUCGUCCAGGCACUCCUCCCACACCUACUCACCAGGUCGGCCCUACACCAGCUCAGCGCCCGCGGAAGCGCAAAUCAAUUUCGAUGAAUGAUAGUGGUUAUUUCUCGUCAUUGGAGUCUUCCGCCUUGCGGCCUAACAAGGCAGGUCAUAUUCUGACCUCUGAUCUGGACAUCGAACCGCCACGCAUCAAGCGCGGCCGUGCCGAGGAAGAGAUUGCGCGCAUUCGUAGCUCCUCUCACGAUAUCAGCCCUGGUCAACCUCCUGUUCGCAAAGAUGGUCGGACUAUGGUUGGCUCUUCUCCCCUCCGUGGCGAGUAUGUGAGCAUGCUUCCGCCACCUUUGACACCCAUUAUCAAGUUCAAGAAGCCAGCCAAGCCUCCUCCAUCGGUGUCGCCUAAUACAAACCUCCGCAACCACCGUCGCAAGAUCCAACAAAUGGUCAACUCGCCUAUUAAGCACUUGGGUAUUGCUGAUGAUGAAUUGCCAUGGAGCCCUGCUUUCACCCUUCAUGAGGAGUCUUUCAUGACUCCGGCGGAUCACUUCCAUAGCACUUUCGAUGUCUUUGCUGAUGCUAGCGCCGAUGCGUGCAUCUCAUCUGCUGCAUUUGGAUCUCCCGAGAAGCGCUCAGUGAAGCGUGCACGUAUGGAUUCGGGAAGCCACGCACUUCAUGACAUUAGCAACUCGACUGCCAACAGUCGAGUGCAUAUGCCGUCUCUUACCCGGUCCAAGUCAUCCAUCUUCCCGGAGUCCCCGUCUAAGGUGUCGGAUGGAGUCCGUCUUGGCGAUGCCAGCCAGGACGACUUUUUCUCUUUCCACCUCUUCGAUGAAAGCAAUGACAGCCCCACCGAAGUGGAUGGGGUUGAUCUACUGCAAGGAUUCCAGAAGAUUGGCGGCUCCAGCAAAGACGACAUGCUGAAGCACAAGACGCUUCAUCCGCGGCCUCAUUUGAGUAACCGCAGCAACUCUACCAUGUUCUGA